AUGUACGAAGAUGAAUUUAUUGAAAAUGUACCUGAAUCAUUAAGAAAAUACUAUAUUAUAGAGAAUCUUGUGUUUGAUACGACUAUUGAUAAUGUUGAUGAAACAAUUGAUAAAAUAUAUCAAUUCCCGAACGUUUCAACAUUUUAUCUUAUCAAUUUAAUAAUUUAUGCUGCAGAGCAAAGAAGAUUUAACUUCAAGGCACUAGCUAUGCUAUUUUCAAAAGUUAGAAAAGGAAGAAUUACUUUCCCUUAUACUGAUUUUAUACAAUAUGCAGAAAAGUGCGGAUAUGUUAGACCCACACAAAUUAGAUCAUUAGAAUAUAUUACUAGAACGGCCGAAGAACUCGAAAUACCAUUUCCAAAAGGUACAAUUGCCUAUGAAAUUGCAACAAAUAACUAUCAAAACGUCGUGACUCUUUCUGCCAAUACAAAUCUCCUUAAAGAACAAUUUACAUACGAAAAAGACCUAGUUUCAUGCUUAGAUAUUGCAGCUGCAUGUGGCAAUUUAGAAAUCUUUAAUUACUUACAAAUUAACGGAUUGGAGAUAACUCAAUCGACAAUACAAUGUGCCAUAUCCGGAGGAAACAACGAUAUCAUUGAAACAAUCGCUCAACAAGGUCAUAAUUUCGAACAUUGCAUUUUAUACGCAAUUCAUCAUCAUAGACAUAAAAUAUUCGACUGGCUACUUGAUGAAUACGGAUGCAUUGGACAAACACUUACAGAUUGCAUUGCUUCAUUCAAUACUUACGCAUUUAUUCGCUGUCUCGAAGCAGGACUCGAUAUUAAUGAGACAGACCAUACAUUCUUCCAAGAACCUCCAUUUUUGAUGGCAGUUAAAGUCGGAAUUCCUGAAUUAGUUUUGUAUAUCACAGAACACGGUGGUCAGAAGAUAGAUAACUCAAGAUUACUGUUUUCUUAUGCUACUACAGAGGAAGUAAGACAAUGUUUAUUAAGUCUUGGUUACGAAGAGCCUCAAGAUGGAAUUAGACCAAGCAGAAGAUGCAUUUCUAUGAGACAUAGAUCAUGGGUAUGA